UUGCAGGACGAUUUAUAAUGGAUGGCGGAGAUAAAUAACACUUUGUUUGUGAGAGACUUUUGAAUGCUCGUGAGGAUAGAGGAUUCUAAAUUUAAACGGCCAAUAAAAAAUUAUUCAGCAAUGAAAAUUAUUUAAUACUACGAGAAUAUUUGAUGCGAUUUUUUAAUUCAAAUUCAAGGAAGUCGAAAAUAAACUGAAAUCAUAAAGAUUAGAUUACUAAACUGAAAUAAUUAAACAAUGCCUCAUGCAAAAAUGUUAUAAAAAUUAAAUGCUAAAGACAUUCGCAUGUGUGUGGUGGUGGAAAGAAAAAUCAAAACGAAAUUCAUUAUUAGAAACAGAAAAAAACGUAGAAGACGGAGAAGACGUAAAGAAGCAAAAAAAAAAAAAAAACAACAACGAGUCCAUCGUUAUUGAAAACAGCGUCAAAGUUGAGAACAAAAUUCUGGAUUUUGGCGAGAUUGAACCUUGAGACCCUAGCGGCCUUUGAAGAAAAGGAAAAACAAAGUUAAGGUAUAGCAGCAAAUAUAAAAAACAAAUCCAGGGAGACUUAUCAAGUGGAAAUUGACCGACCACGAAACGAGCCAAAAUAUAACACAAACAUAAACAGAGAAAAUAAUCAGGCAGGCGAGCACAAGAAAUCAGCACGACAUUUUUGCAAGAAACAAUAUCGAAAUCAUUGAUAAGCAUAUUUGAAUUGACGAAUUACCAAGAAAUUGUGUGUGCCAAAACGAGACACCAGUAGAGGCACCCUAGAAAAAUAAAUAAACCGCCCAUACGUUCUACAUAAUUAAGAUGUGUCGCAGAUCGACUAGCAGAAUCUGUAUGCAAACUAUAGAGCGCUAAAUAAAAGAAACAACAGCAUUUAAAUAAAUACUCGCUCAAAACGGCGGUGAAUUGGGAGAACUCAAAAAAGAACAAUACCAAUACAAGAAACGAAUAUCAAAAAAAACAACACCGGCGUACACGUAAAGCGUAAGCGUAACUGUUGCAAGAAUAUCCAAAUCUCGACUCUGCUGAUAUCUAUGUGUGAGUAUUUGACUGAGCCUGAGCCAAUCCAACUAAAACACAUUUAAGCAACAACAGCAAUAACAAUACAAUUGCUAUAACAGCAUCGAACAACGAAUAUCGACGAUUCCAAGUAGAAGGGCAACUGCAAAGAACUAAAACCUAAGCCGCCCAAUACAUGCUAAAACUGCUAAAACAAAAACUUAGAGCGAGCAAUUCCCAAGCUGCCAUAGAGGCCGUUGUAGGACUGGGCAUAUAUAUGUGAGUGUGUGUGAACUGUUUAUUGGUGUUGGUGAUUGUCUAUUAACAGCUCACAUAAGUAAUAAAGUAAAUUCUACAACAAAAACAAACAAGAGAAAUUUCUGUGUGAAAGAAAAGGCAAAAACUUGGUGAGCCAAUAGACGAUCCACGUACGAACAUACACGCAUACACACAACACUGCCAGCGUCGUCGUCGUUUUGCGUUUGUUUGUGUCUGUGAAUGCUGAUUGUGUGACCAUUGUACGCAGUCCAAAGGCUGCAGUAGCGACAAAACCAGCUGAGUGAGAAUAGGAGCGCUAACAGAGAAAUACAGCAGAGUCGGAGAUUAAGUUGGUUAAGUGGUAGGACAAGGUAAAGAGAGUAAAUAAAAGUUAAGGCGAGAGCAGUCAACUCGCGACGGCGGCAAGCGUUGAGAGAAAAUAAUUACUUCGCCGAGGCUGUUGGCAUCUUAUGAUGUCAUCAGAGGAGGAUACAGAGUGCUUCGGAUUGUACAGCGAUGAUAAAUUACUACUAAAGACGGCGACAGUAGCAUUGCCAGCGCUGACAACAUCCUCAUCUACGCCGCCGUUGUUGGAAUUGGAAACCGAUACUGUGGUGAAGCAAGAAGUGCUAACACUACCACCACCAACAGCACCGAUUCAGUCGGUUAAGAGUGGAAAGAGGAACCUCAACCAAAAUAACAACAACAACAGUAUCGCAAACGGUGGUAGUAAUAAGAGCAACAACAUCAGCAGCAAUAACAGCAAUAACAGCAUUGGUCCGACUCCCGAAGAAGCACACGAAAUUGAGCGCGUCGGCAACGGUGGCGACAACGACGACGACGACGACGACGACGACGAUAGCGACGUUGUUGUCGUACUCGAAGGCGUCGCAAGCAGCAGAGAAGUCACAACUAAUAAUCAGAGGCAGAAUCGCAUUCGUAACCGUAAUCGUAGUCGUAGUCGUAGUUGCAGUCACGGCGGUGCCAUUGGUAGCAGUGGUGGCAAACAACAAGUCGUGCAUGUUAGUGAGCGAGUCAGCGAAAGUAGUCCGUGUGGUGCCGUCAACAAGAUAAUAACAUGUACCGCUAGCUUGUCAACGCGUUCGAAAUCAACAUUAUCGUCGUCGAAAUCGAGCAAAAAGAACGCGUCCUUAACAUCGAGUGAACAUCUUGUGAAUAAGAACAGUAAUUCAAAUAAUUUGAGUAGUAAUAAUAAUUGUGCCAGUAUAAAUAACGUGGAUGAUAGUAGUGUGGCAAAUUUAGAAUCGAAACUAUUGGCGUCGGUACCAUCAUUUAGUUCGCCGCAGUUAUCCAGCGUCACUGGAUUCCAAGAAAAUACAAGUCCUACGCCGUUGCCAUUAUCGCAUUCGCCAACGACGUCAUCUCCGCUUGUGCCGUCAACAGCGACUGCCUUCAUGAGUAGUGCUGCUGCGGCUGUUGCGGGUGCUGCUGGAGGAGCUCUAUACGGAGCCUUAUUGAAUCAGAACACUUCGUCGGCCAAUAACAAUAUCAACGGUGUUAACGUUAACAACAUUCCACAUAACAGUUCAAACGCCUCUGGAUCCGCUUCCUCAUCGCCAACAGCGUCACUGCUGUCCGGCAACUUUACAGCGGCUCUCGGUAGUCUCUUCACGGCAAACGGUUUCGGCUCAGCAAAAAUGUUGAAUGAAUUAUUCGGUCGUCAGAUGAAGCAAGCACAGGAUGCUACCAGCGGGUUGCCCGCUAAUCUAGACAAUGCCAUGUUAGCCGCGGCAAUGGAAUCUGCCUCGAGCGCUGAAUUGCUUAGCGCAGCAGGGCUGGUGAAUAGUUUAGGCCUCAAUGCCACAAACAAGUUGCUCAAUAAUAAUACAAUAAAUAGUUUGAAUAGUUUAAGUAACGCCAGUGUGUCUGCCACAUCUGCUCUAAAUAACGGCAAUUCCACCGCUGAUAACCAGCAAUCAUCUAAUACCCCGUCUGCCUCUCAAUCGCCUAAGAAUCGACGCGUAAGCAAUUGUAGUGAUCGGUCUUUGGAAGAAGUUAAUUCGCGUGCCGUUGAUUUGAAUUCCCCGCCGCGUGCACCUUCAACCAGCUCAACGUCCGCGAUAGCUGCUGUGACCGCUUCUGAGAGGACCUCGCCCAACAUUCAGCGGCAGCAGCAGCAGCAGCAACAGCAGAAUGAAUUGGCUCACCAUAUGUUGCGAAACAUAUUGCAAGGUAAGAAGGAGCUGAUGCAACUCGAUCAGGAGCUGCGCUCGGUGAUGAAUCAGCAGCAGCAACAACAACAACAACUUUCAGAUAACCACAAUACGCUCAAGCAUAACAAUAACAAUUUGUCUGCUGCCAACAAUAACAAUGUCGCUGACAAGGAAUCGAGCAAUGUAAUAAAUCUACUGGAGGACACUAUGUCUGAUAUAAAGAUCAAAUGUGAACCUAAUCAGAUGCCAAACAAUUCCGACUCCGCAACAACGGAGCAUGGCAAAUCGUCUGAUUCUGAAAUAGCCGAUUCGCAGCAGGACGAAGAUCAACACUCUGAAGAUGAUAACAUGGAUCAACAGAAUAUGGACGAUCCAGACGAGCAACAGCACUCAGGAUUACCGGUAGGUGUAACCAAGAAGGAAGCAGACGAAAUCCUGGAGGACGUAGAAUUGAUUGGAAUGAAUUCUCGCUCCGAUUUAGAGUCCUUGGCAUCUCCUAGCCAGUCCGAAAUGAUGCUCUUAGAGAACAGCAAGGACGAGUUGGAAGAGGAACUUGAAAAGGAUGUUGCUGCCACCAUGUCCAAGAAGCCAGGUAUGGAUAUGAAGAGAGCUCGUGUUGAGAAUAUUGUCACCACAAUGCGUUCCAGUCCAUCGUCACAUCAGUCGCACUUACAAGUGAAUGGCUGUAAGAAGAGGAAAUUAUAUCAACCACAACAACACGCAAUGGAACGAUACGUAGCGGCUGCUGCCGGCUUGAAUUUCGGAUUGAACUUACAAAGUAUGAUGUUGGACGAGGAAGCGUCCAAUGACACGGAGUCACCACAGAUCCAACAGAAGCGAGUGGAGAAGAACGCACUCAAGUCGCAGUUGCGCUCAAUGCAAGAGCAGCUGGCUGAAAUGCAGCAAAAAUAUGUGCAAUUGUGCUCACGAAUGGAGCAAGAGUCGGAAUGCCAGGACAUUGACGAUACUGCCAGUGAUAGCAUGGAACAUGACGCCAACGGCGUUGACCUCUCUCCAUCACCAUCCCUAACCGGAGAAUCAGGUUUGAAUGACAAAAUGCAACAGGAUGUCGAACGGCCAAGCUCUACUUCGCCAACUCUCCCAAUGAAAUCCCAAAAACAGCUAACCUCACAAAAUUCAAUGGCCCUGGACAGUGCUCCGAAUGUGUUAUCGCAAAUGAUGAGCAAAAUGAUGUCAUCGGGAUCACUUGUGUCCCAUCCGCACAUGCAACAAUCAUUUAACGGCCCAUUACCGCUGUUGCAACACAUGCCACAGCUGCAAGGCGAUACAAGUGCUGCCCACUUAUCUCACCCCGCCAUAAGUAAUGCUGCCGCCAUGUACUUGGGUCAACAGUUCUUUUUUGAGCAAGAAGCUCGUAUGGCCAAGGAGGCUGCUGAACAGCAAGAACGGCAGCAGCAGCAGCAACAACAGCAACAUCAACUGCAGCAACAGCAACAAAAACAACAACAGGAGCAGGAACAGCAGCGACGUUUUGAACAGGAGCAGCAACAGCGCCGCAAAGAGGAGAAACAGCAACAACAACAGCAGCAAGCCCAGCAACACGCCGCACAACAACUCCAACGGCAGCAACAAUUGCAGCAAAUGCAUCAGCAGCAACAACAGCAUAUGGAGCAAACUACGUCUACUGUCUCCCUCAGCCAGCCAACGCGCCCACAGCUGCAUCACAACCGACUUCAUCAGCGCCACGCUAAUCACUCUUCACUUAAAUCAGAAUUGUCAGAAAAAUUCAAUAUGCUGCGAUCCAGUUCGAAUUCGAUUAUGCGAAUGUCUGGUUCCGAUCUGGAAGGACUUGCUGAUGUGCUGAAAUCGGAAAUUACCACUUCCCUCUCCGCAUUGGUUGACACAAUCGUCACCCGAUUCGUGCACCAGCGCCGCCUUUUCAGCAAGCAGUCGGAUUCGGUGGCAGCAGCCGCCGAACAACUAAACAAAGAUUUGCUCAUGGCGUCCCAGAUACUGGACCGCAAGUCACCGCGUACAAAAGUCGCCGAUCGUUCGCAAUCAAACGUCGUCGUUAACAGUAACACAAACAAUGCGAAUUCAGCAACGGGACAAUCCAUUGUAAGCGGAAAUACUGCCGUCAACGCCGCAGCGGUUCAAUCAGGUAAUAAUGGUUCUCUUCUUCUAGUUAAUAAUGCUUCCUCAACUAACCAAUUGAAUAACGGCCAUAACGCUAAUGUCUCUAAUAAGCACCUGGGUCACUUGCAGUCCACUGUAGGUAACGGUUCCCAAAUGCAUGUCGGCCCAGGCCCCGCUGUAUCUGUUGGCGGUGUCAAUGUGCCUCAACUCACGCUUACCAAUAGCCAAGCAAAUGCUUUGGCGAACUCAAGUGGUCAGACAAAUACACAGCACGCACAACAAAUGGCCCAAAUGUCGGCAUUGAAUGCGCAAAAUUGCCAAAGUCUCAUCGCCGCUCCGCGUCUUAAUGGCAAUCAGUUGUCGUUUCCGUCGCCAGCAGCGGCAGCAGCUGCGGCAAUGGGUCUGCAAAUGCAUCAUGCAGCAGCUGCAGCUGCAAUGUCUGCGGCCGCUGCUAAUCAGCAAAAUCACAAUCAGCAGAUCGCGAAAGAUAGUUCUGGCCAGAACUCUAUGAAUCCGAGUCUAAACAUGAACUCGAAUCCAAAUACAAACAAUACUAACAAUAGUUUAAGCACAAUUAAUAUACCACCUCCUCAUAUUCGUCCUUCGCCCACAGCGGCAGCAAUAUUUCAGGCACCAAAAACACCGCAAGGGAUGAAUCCGGUCGCUGCUGCUGCACUCUACAACUCCAUGGCCGCCGGCGCGCCCAACCAGAUGAACCCCUUCUGCAUGCCGGAGUCACGUGAAGCCCAACAGCAGCAACAACAGCAACAGCAACAACAGCAGCAGCAACAACAACAACAACAGCAACAGCUAGAACAGAACGAAGCCCUUAGCUUGGUGGUGACACCGAAGAAGAAGCGCCAUAAGGUGACCGACACACGCAUCACACCGCGCACCGUCAGCCGCAUACUGGCGCAGGAUGGUGCUGUACCUCCAAAUCCUGUGACUGCAAACACCAUGCUAGAUGGCGCUGGCAAGUUCGGCGCCAUGGGCGUACAGCCUAACCAGCAACAGUCGCAGCCUAAUCCGAACCAAUCUAACGUAGGCAACAACAGCGCCAGUACAACACCAGUCAAUGUGAACACGCCCGGCAAUAUCGGCAAUGUGAAUACGACGCCCGUACAAAGUCCCUCGCCUCGUGCUCAAGCGCCGACCUAUCAUCCGCCGCCACCACCACCACCCAUGUUGCCCGUGUCGUUGCCCACCUCUGUGGCCAUACCCAAUCCUUCGUUGCAUGAGUCGCAAGUCUUCUCACCCUACAGUCCAUUCUUCAAUCCACACCCGCCGCAUGCACCACCACCACCACCCCCUCAUGGUCCACACGGUGGUGCACACAGCACGCCAACCGCUGCCCAAAUGCAUCAUAUGAAGAUGUCGUCAAGCCCACCCGGCCUCGGCGGCCUAAUGGACUCGCGCGAGUCUCCGCCACUUCCACAUCCGCCAUCUAUGCUGCAUCCUGCCCUACUAGCCGCCGCCCAUCACGGCGGCUCACCCGACUACAGCGCGCACCUGCGUGCAGCCAUGGACGCACAGGACCGCAAUUCGGAUUGCAACUCUGCGGAUAUGCAGUUCGAUGGAAUGCAGCCAACGAUAUCAUUCCUGAAGCAGCAAAUGAUCAAAAAUAGCGACUCCUUGACUCCACUGCACUCAUCAACACUAACACCAAUGCACCUGCGCAAAGCCAAACUAAUGUUCUUCUGGGUGCGGUACCCGAGUUCUGCGGUACUGAAGAUGUACUUCCCGGACAUCAAGUUCAACAAGAACAAUACAGCACAAUUGGUGAAAUGGUUCUCGAAUUUCAGAGAAUUCUACUACAUCCAAAUGGAGAAGUACGCGCGUCAGGCGGUUACCGAAGGCGUUAAGUGCGCCGAUGAGCUACAUGUUGGCGGUGACAGUGAGCUUUAUCGUGUUCUGAAUCUGCAUUACAAUCGCAAUAACCACAUUGAGGUACCACAAAAUUUCCGCUUUGUUGUCGAACAAACGUUGCGCGAAUUCUAUCGCGCCAUCCAAGGCGGCAAGGAUACCGAACAAUCGUGGAAGAAAGCAAUAUAUAAGGUCAUCUCCCGUAUGGACGAUCCAGUGCCCGAAUAUUUUAAGUCACCCAACUUUUUGGAACAAUUAGAAUAAGAGGAAAGUGAACGCAAUCGCGUUAUUCACAUGCUUCGUACAAAUUUGAAACGCAAAUCUAAAUCAAGUAAAUCUUCGAAAGUUAUAACAGCAGGAACAACACCAACAGCAGCAGCAACAUCAUUAACAAGGCAUGCAGCAUCAGCACCGAUGGCGGCAGCAUUAACAAAAACCGCAGUUAUAGCUACAACAACAACAGCUACACCAACAACCGAAGUAGCGAAUUUAGCCAGCGCAGCCCUAAACGAAACAUACCAACAAAAUUUGGCGAGCAUAAAUUAAGUUGAAGCCACUUGUAUUAAUUCCUGGCCCUUAUGAUUUACAACUUUUUUUUAAUUCGGAUGUAAAAUAGGUAGAGCCUUUUAGACAUCGCAGAAUUUUGAAAAAUAGCAGAAGUUAGAAGGCUUGCAGCCAAAAAUGUACAAAACAAUCAUUGAGAGAAAUUUUAACAAGACAAAAUUUAGAAUCGAGACAAAACACAAUAACGAAAAACGACAGCAAAAAACACUUCGGAUUGUGACACAAGUACACAUACAUAUUUAGAUUCACAUUUGAAAACAUAUUUUUGGUAAGGCUUGGGACUCAUGCCAGGUUUUCCAGCCAACCAAAAUAAUAUUCGAAAGAUGUGUGUGAUUCAAAAGAGUUGCAUACAUAUAUGAAAAAUUUAUAUAUAAAAUUUCUGACGAAAACCAAAAAUACGACGUAUAUGACAAAAACAUUUCGACAAUACAAAAAAGAUGAUUUGUUGCCCAAAAGGUAAUUUUGAUGCUACAGGCAAAUCCUUAACUUCGCAAAUAUUUAUAUAUCUUUGACUCAUAAAUUCACUUGCACAACGCGCAUUGCGUUCACAAAAAAACCAAAAAAAAACACAUACGAAAUACGAAAUACGAAAAAAAAAAAGUUUCAAAGAGCAAACGAUAAGGUCCUACUUGUUAAACGAUUGUGGGUAUUUUACAAAUUAUUUCAAAAAGACGAGCACCAAAAAAAAAAAAAAAAACAUAUCCAGCUUUAUUUUAUUACGAAAUAUUCAUAACACUAAUCGUGCAUGACACACUCGCAUUCUUUCGGUGGAUGGCACUACGACUCUAGCAAUAGCAGAAGCAACGUGUCUCUCAAAACUAAAUCACUCACACAUACAUACAACUAACCAUAUGCACAUACACGUUUUAUACAUAGCAACAACUGCCUUAUGUGAUGAAAAUCGGAAAUUGUGGGCCUUUGGAUUCACAAAUAAAUAGAAGUGUAAAUGAAAAUCAAAAGAAAAACCCAGAAAUAAAUUCGCACUCAUACCCGAGAGUGUAAACUGCAACUGCUAGAAAAGAGAGGUCAGAGAACAGUUCUAAAAGCACAACCAUGCGUAGAGAUAACUGUACGUUGAACAUGCUCUACAUGCAUAUGUAUAUAUAUAUGAAGUUUAAUACAAACAUACAAUAAGACUAUGAAUUUAAAAAUAUUUAAAAAACAUCUAAGAACUCUACAACUGCAUUAACAAUAAUUUGACAAAACUAUUUAAUAGAACUCAGUUUACAAACACAAACCCAUACAGACACACAAACGCCCAUAAACACAUAAGCAUGAAACUGACAUGCAUGGUUGGAAAUUGCAGGGUCGCUUUUUGAGAACGACUCCUAUUUGUGCAGAUCUCUUUUGUUUUUUUGUUUUUUUUUCUUGCUUGGAACAAAGUAAAGUAGCCCGUUACGACUGCGUAGAAAAUGAGUAUCAAGAGAGCUAAAAUUGAAAUGUGCUUACAUAAGAAAUACUUUAAAAGAGCAAUGAAUUUUGAAUAGGCGCAUUUUAGCGUGAAACUGAAAUAUGUACGAGAUGGCGCAAAAUUAAUCAUCCACCAUUUUGUUUUUGAAUAACUUUUU